CGGUACUCCGUAUACCACCGCAUAUAACAUAACAAUAAUAUUAUUUAUAUAUUUAAUUUUUAGUCAUAUUUGUCCAUUGUCACGUUAUCACUCCGCCGCGGCGCGCCUCUGCGUUUCGAUCUUCGAAUAUUUUUUCCGACAUUUUAUGGAAAGCGAAAAAUAUCGUACAAUUAUACUCCGUCAAAGGCACAAAGUGUUCGACUGUAAUACGGCCGGUUCGUCGUGGUUGCCUUAAUGGCUCAUUGACCAAGGCUCUGACUUCUUAGUCCGACUCGACUUGUCUGUUGGUGGUUUUCGAUCGUCGUCUUUACGUCGUGCUAACAGCCAACGGAUUUGUGUACUCUCCUAGUGUUGACUGUUGAUCGAAAAUCGCCAUUUCACGUAAUACUUUAUCGUCAAUCGUUCCACUAUACUGUUAUUGUUGUAUAUGACCGGCUAUCACUCGCUAUCGUUGCAGUUGACCUCAGCUGUCCUGUAGCUGUUAUUUUUUCCGAUCGAAUAGUUCCGUUUGUCGUCCCUCACUUGUUUCGUAACGAUACCUCGCGAUGGCGGACGUAGAUCGGAAACUGAAAUCCACGGUCACCGAUCUGUCUGGCAAGAGUUGGGCCGAACUGUGCGACAGCUCGCAAUCGUCGCAGUCGCAGACGGACAUCGAUUCGCCACUAAAACUUGGUGGCGAGGCGAGCGCCAAGGAUCGCGAUGAUGAGGACGAGCUGUACGACUUGGUUUUCAAGCCGGUCAAAAAGGAGUCCGUCCAAGCCUCCGCGCAGGAAGACAUCAGUUUGACGUCCUUCAUGAACAAUGUACACAUGGUAACGCCGGUCAAGCAGGAAAUCGACGACAAGUCACUGACGUUUGACGAAGACACCAUUUGUAGCCCAUUUGUAAAGCAAGAGUGGAUUGAUACACCAGACAUCAAACCCAAAGAUCUGGUUUGUAAAGAAGAAAAUCCCAAGAAGGAUUUACAGCAUGCAAAGAGAAGAUUGACUUCAGAGUCCGAGUCUGUGGUUACCGACCCUGUAUCAACUGAGCGAGUCAACAAAGUUAACAAAAAAUCUACCGACCAUAAAAAUAUACAUGACCCUGUGGCAAGCAAAAUAAAAUUGGCUCGUGAAACAGAUGCAUUAAUUUUAUCAAGGAGACAAAAACAAAUAGAUUUUGGUAAAAAUACUGUUGGAUACGUUAAGUAUCUGGAACAAGUUCCUAAACAUGAACGUAAAAAGAGGCAUCCUAAAACUCCUCCAAAAAGUUUGAAAUAUACUCGACGAGCCUGGGAUGGAUUAAUUAAAAACUGGAGAGUUAAGUUACAUUUAUGGGAUCCUGAAAGGAGACGUGAUGAUGAUGAUGCCCUGACCACUGGUUCAAGUUCAAAUUGGUGUUCACUUGAAUCAAUGACUAGUAUGGAAUCAGAUUCAAGGCCAUCAUCACCACCUCUGAGCUUGUCUGAAGAUUCAUCACAACAAAAACGAGAAAACCAUGAAGAUGUUCUUACUGUUAAUCGAAUGAAGUUUAAGAAAUCUAAAACUGAUAAUAAUUAAUAUAUCUAUAUAUAUUUUUACAUUUCACGCGCAACAUUUAUUGACCAUUCAUUAUAAUAUUUUUGAAAAUUGGUAGAC